CCAGCGUUACAGGAGACGAACGUCCAUGAAGACGGACUCUCUGAGGACCGGAGACUUCAGCCUCACUCUGAGGAACCCCAUCACCUCUGACAGCGGCACCUACACCUGCACCAUCACUGCAUUUGGAAAUGAACGGACACUGACAGCAGUAGAGCUGCAGGUCAAAGUGUCCCACCAAGUCUUCACCAUGGAGGUGUACGAGGGGGCGGAGUCAGCCCUGCUGCCCUGUCACAUCCCGUUUGUAUCUGGACCCACCACAGGGGUGUGGAGCCGCUACGACCUCAAUCCUCCAACCGUCCACCAGCGUCAGCAGGAAGAGGACGAGCUGACAGAUCAAAACCAGCGUUACAGAGACCGAACAUCCAUGAAGACUGACGCUCUGCAGACUGGAGACUUCAGCCUCACUCUGAGGAAACCCCACAUCUUUGACAGCGGCAACUACACCUGCACCAUCAGAGUGAGGGGAGAAGAACCCAGACUGACAGAUGUUCAGCUGCAGGUCAAAGAGCCAUACACUUUCCCAGCUGAGGCCUCGGUGAUCCUGGCUGUCCUGGCCAUCGCUGCCAUUGUGGGUCUUGGAGUAUAUUUAUGGAAACUCUUCUACAGAGGGCCUCCUCCCACUGGCACAUGCCCAGAACACCUCACCCAGGAGGUGCUCAGGGGGCAAACCUGUCACGUUCCAGAACCUCCUCAACUGGCUCCUUUCGAUGUGGAGGAGCAGGAGCUACUCCGAGCCCCCACGGAUGACUAA